AAGUCGCCAAAGCCCACCAUCAUGCCUCUCUUCUACGCACAAGGCGUCCCCAUCGGCGGCACCGCCAUCAUGCUUGCCCUCCUGGCAAGUAUGGGAGGCUUCAUCUUCGGUUACGACACCGGCCAGAUCUCAGAUGUCCUCGAGAUGGACGACUUCCUCACGCGCUUCGCGCAAUGCGAUCCCAACGACCCUACCAACCCCGACGCGUGCCACUUCUCCAACGUCCGCGCCGGCCUCAUCGUCGGUCUCCUCUCCAUCGGCACCCUCGUUGGCGCGCUGCUCGGCGCCCCCACGGCUGACAAGCUCGGCCGUCGGUACGCGAUGACCGCCGAGUGCAUGCUCUUCAUCGUCGGCGUCAUCAUCCAGAUGGCCACCUUCUCCUCCUGGAAGCAGUUUGCGGUCGGCCGUCUCGUCAGCGGUUUCGCGGUCGGCGCGCUGUCAGCAGCGGUGCCCAUGUACCAGGCCGAGUCUGCGCCACCACAGAUCCGUGGUACGCUUACCGCGACGUACCAGCUCUUCAUCACCUUCGGUAUCCUGGUUGCCUACUGCUUCUCCAUCGGUGCCCGAGAAAUUAGCGGGCCAGGAUCAUGGCGUUUGGUAGUCGGCCUCGGUAUCAUCUGGCCGUUUAUCCUCGGUGUCGGUAUCCUCUUCAUGCCCGAAUCCCCUCGUUGGCUCGCCAAGGUCGGGAAGAUCGCGGAUGCGCGCGAGGCACUCGCCCGCACGCGCGGUGUCCGCCCCGAAGAUGCCCAUAGCCACCCUCUCAUCGUGCGCGAGGCCGACGAGAUGCAAAACAUGGCCGAGUACGAGGCGAAGCAGCAGUCCGGAUGGAUCGACUGCUUCAAGCCCAAGGACAAGAUUUUGUACCGUACCCUCCUUGGCAUGGCCCUCCAAUCGUUCCAGCAGCUCACUGGCGCGAACUACUUCUUCUACUACGGGACGACGGUGUUCAAGUCGGUCGGCCUCUCCGACUCGUUCGUCACCCAGAUCAUCCUCGGCGCGGUCAACUUUGUCUGCACGUUCCUCGGGUUGUACGUCAUGGAGAGGUACGGGCGUCGUAUCCCGCUCAUCAUUGGCGGAAUGUGGCAGUCGGCGUGGCUGUUCGUGUUCGCUGCGGCGGGCACGGCGGGUGAUCCCGAGAACGACGAGGGCAUUGGCAAGCUCAUGAUCGUCUCUGCCUGCCUCUUCAUUCUCGGCUAUGCGUCGACUUGGGCUCCUGGUAUCUGGAUUCUCAUCGGUGAGACCUUCCCGACCAGAACCCGUGCCAAGCAGGGUGCCCUCGCCACCGCCUCCAACUGGCUCUGGAACUUCCUCCUCGCCUUCUUCACACCCUUCAUCACCGGCGCGAUCGACUUCCGCUACGGCUUCGUCUUCGCGGCGUGCAACCUCGCCGGCGCCGUCGUCGUCUUCCUCUUCCUCUACGAGUCCUCCGAGCUCUCGCUCGAGAGCGUCGACCAGAUGUACAACGACCCGGCGUGCAAGCCGUGGACGUCGCGGACGUGGGCGCCGGCGGGGUAUGCGGAUAGGAAGGAUUUGGUGGAGCAGACAAGGGCGGCGCAGGCGCAUAAGCCGUUUGCGCCGCGGGAUAUUGAGGAGAAGCGGAUUGAGGACGCGAAGGAGGGCGCGUAA